GUAUUCAUAACACGCGUUCACCGACAAGAUUUGUCCUAGUCAUUGGUUCUUUGCUUUGCAGCUGUUGCCAGUAAUGUCGCCCUUUAGCUUUAUCUUCUCCGAAUCGCUACAAUAAAUCUCUCAAAGCUCUCUGUAAAGCUAAGCUCUUCGUUCGCGAUCACUCACUUUCCAAACUGUGUGUGUACCAAAUAGCUUCCAUCACGCUUACCUCACUCAUCCCACUUUCCAUUUAUUUUCCUUCCUGCUAUUGCUUUCUGUACCGUUAUACCAUUAAGAAAGAAACCCAAGUUCACAACUGGGUUUCUCUCUCUUGCAUUCUUUCACUCUUUCAGAUUUUUGUCUUUCAGCUUCUCUCAUUCCAGAAUGGCCCAUGCAAGAUUAGGCCAAUGGUUAAGUCUUCUAGUAUGUUUACUGAUAUUGCUGAAAGCAGAAAGCCAUCCUGUGGGAAUCACUCUUGUUGAGAAUGCAGUUGCCAAAGGAGCCGUUUGUUUGGAUGGGAGCGCACCAGCGUACCACUUUGACAAGGGAUUCGGUGCAGGAAUCAACAAUUGGUUGGUUCAUGUUGAGGGAGGAGGAUGGUGUAACAGUGUUGAGACUUGCCUUGAUCGUAAGAAUACUCACUACGGUUCAUCAAACAAAAUGGAAAAAUCGAUGUCUUUUUCUGGGGUGCUUAGCAACAAGCAAAAGUUUAAUCCAGACUUCUAUAACUGGAAUAGAAUCAAAGUUAGGUACUGUGAUGGGGCGUCAUUCACUGGUGAUGUUGAAGCAGUAAACCCAGCAACAAAUCUUCACUUCAGAGGAGCAAGAGUUUUUCGUGCCAUCAUUGAUGAUCUAUUAGCAAAAGGAAUGAAAAAUGCUCAAAGUGCUCUUCUUUCUGGUUGUUCGGCUGGUGGAUUGACCUCAAUUCUUCAUUGUGAUAACUUUCGUUCUCUCCUACCUGUGGGUACUAAAGUAAAAUGUCUGGCAGAUGCUGGUUACUUCAUUAAUGCGAAAACUGUUUCUGGAUCUCAAUACAUUCAAGCCUUUUACAGUGAAGUGGUUGCGCUACAUGGUUCGGCGAAGAACUUACCCGCAUCCUGCACUUCAAAAUUGAGUCCAGGCUUGGUAAGUUUUAAUAGUGUUGGCCCAAAUGAAUUCUUGGCCCAGCGCAAUACCUUAUUGAAGAAAAACCCGACUUGGAGCACACAAAAAUCCGCCAUGCACGAGUCACACUCCACGCGCCAUGCCAAAUAA